AUGAAGUUCCAAGGCCCCAAAAUCGUCCCUGAAGAGAGGCACUUCACGCCGUCGGUAGCCACAUUGGAGCAGCUCCACGAUUUCGAAGCCUCCAUCGGCGUCCAACAUGUCUGCAUCGCCCACGGGCUGUCCUACGGGCCCGACUGCACCUCGCUUCUCUACUAUUUAGAGCAGUUGCAGGGAAGAGCGCGCGGGAUAUGCGUGAUAGACGAGGAGAGCGUCACGGACGAGCAGUUGAAUAAAUACCACGCGGCCGGCGUGCGUAGUGUGAGACUCGAUUUCCACAGGGCGAAGGCGAUGAACGACGAGGACAGGCAAGUGGAGCUCAUCGAGGCCACCGCAGCCAGGCUGCGGGGUUGGGACGCCCAGGCGAAGGGCUGGAGCAUACAGAUUCAGCAGCCACACCUAGGUCAUUGGAAGAGGCUGAGACAAAUAGCAUCCGUGCUGGGUGUUCCUCUUGUGGUGGACCACAUGAGUUUGGUCAAAGGGCAGAGCAUGGCGGCGGAGGGACAGGACGCCAUGGUACCAGUGGUCGACAGGUCUGAGUGGCAAGAACUGCUUGGCGCGCUGCGCGACGGCAACGUAUGGAUCAAGAUCUCAGCACCGUACCGCAACUCGCGCUUGGAACCGAGCUUUGAGGAUCUAGAGGAAAUUGUGAAGCAACUCGUGCGGGCAAACCCGAAGAGGUUUGUGUGGGGCAGCGAUUGGCCGCACACGCAACGGCACGAGGACAGGGCUGGGCGUGAUCCCAAAACCACUGAGCCGUUUUUGAAAGUUGACAACCCGAGUUGGAUCAGGUCUCUCGGUGGCUGGCUGAGUGACAAGUCCGGCGGCAAGUGA